AUGACGUUUCUGCAACUUUUUGGGCGAUUGAAAUCAGUUGUUAUUGGGAUGGUCCAUGUGAAAGCACUGCCAGGAACACCUGGGAAUACUUUGCCAGUGGCUCAGAUCGCAGAAGAAGCCUGUCGGGAAGCUGAAAUUUACAGGGCUGCAGGAGUUGACGGCUUGAUUGUUGAAAAUAUGCACGAUCGUCCCUACACAGUCCGCAUUGGAGCAGAGAUUACCGCAGCCAUGACGGUUGUUUGUGCCACCGUGAAACGGGCAUGCCCUUCCCUCCCACUGGGCAUUCAGAUUCUGUGUGCUGCGAAUCAGCAAGCUUUAGCUGUCGCUCUUGCCGCAGGUCUUGACUUUAUUCGAGCCGAAGGAUUUGUUUUCUCUCACGUGGCAGAUGAAGGGAUUCUAGAUGCCUGUGCUGGAGACCUAUUAAGAUACCGGAAGCAAAUAGGAGCAGAACAUGUUCAAAUUUUUGCUGAUGUUAAGAAGAAACACAGUGCUCACGUUCUGACAGCUGACAUCAGCAUAGCAGAGACCGCGAAGGCUGCCGAGUUAUUUCUGGCUGAUGGAGUCGUGUUGACAGGAACUGCAACUGGAUUGGAGGCGGAUCCCAAAGAACUGGAAGAAGUCGGACGUGCUGUGAAGAUUCCCGUGUUGAUUGGAUCUGGAGUGACUCUGGAGAAUGUGAAAGGCUACUUGGGUGCAAAUGCCUUGAUCGUUGGUUCGCAUUUCAAGAAAGAAGGCUACUGGGCAAACGGCGUUGAUGCAGAUCGUGUGAAGAGGUUUAUGGCUCAUAUUGGUAAACUCAGAGAGAGAAAUUGCUAGCAUCUUCUGCCACAAUUGUUCUUAUCG